UAAUAUUGGCUCGUACCGAGAGAACCGCCACUGUACCUCUUGACAAGAACGGGCGCCUUCAGCAAACAUUACGUAAUAUCGAUCUGACUGACCCCGAACAUGUACAUAAAAGACUUACCCUUCGAUUAACGAUGGACCUGAAGAGUAUCCCCACGAUGUCCGUCGUCCUGCUAAUGGUGCUGGACACCGUAGCUGGGAAGGAGGUGGAAUCGGGCAAGUGGACAGAAUGGUCCGCGUGGUCCGCAUGUUCCCAGUCGUGUGGGAGCGGUAUCAUCUCGAGGAAACGCCACUGGCAACAGCCGAAGGGCGAGAAGCCGUUUGAUGAACCCUUCACAAUGUCGGAGAACUCUGGCUGUAACGACCGUGAAUGUCCAGUUGACGGUAGCUGGAGACCCUGGGGGAUGUGGUUACCUUGUUCCGAGGCAUGCGGUGGAGGCAUUCGAAAGCGGGAGCGCAUGUGCAAUCCUCCUAUCAAUUUCGGAUUGGAUUGUGAAGGAGAGGACUUCGAAGAAGAAGAGUGCAACCGGGUGCCUUGUCCACCUCUGCCUGUCCGGUUUAACGUGUCAAUAUGCACGUCGACUAAAUACUACACGUGCAAAAGCGGAAAGAUGUGUAUUCCAAUGGACGAACUAUGUGACGACACCGUGCAGUGCCACGAUGGCAGCGACGAGAAGAGCGACCCUUGCUAUUCGGACAACAGGGAGGGGUCAGUUGGCUAUAAGCUGGUCAAGGACACAGGUACUUCGCAUAGUGGAUCUCUCUCCGUCAUCGUUGGACUGGUUGUCAUGGCGAUUAUGAUGCACGUCAUCGGACAUUGUUGAUGAGUGACAGUUGGGAGGUUGAAAUGGACAUCCCGUCGUCAACGGCUGACGGAUGAAAUAUACAACAACUCAAAUGAACGGAAGGCGGUGUUGUUGUUCAGAUUCUUUGCAUUAAAACUUGAACUUCUGUAUAAACUCGACAAGAAACAGAAAGUCGAGACACAGACUUGUGUGACAAACAUUCUGUUAUUCAUUAUGACAACCAGAUGACGUCAGAACUUCAUGAUGACGUAAAGUGCCCCAGGACACGUCAGAUGUCGAAGACACCGGGAUGAAACGCAUAGAUGCAUUCAACUAUGUGUGAGCCUAAAAUGAAAUCAAAUAAUUUGAUUAUUGACAUGAUCAUAGUGUGAAGGAGAAUCGUUUUCCGAAAGGGAUGCGAUCUACGUGACUGAAAACGCGCUCAAAUUGACGUUACUGAUGUGAAAUUUGCAUAUCUGCAGAUGAUGGUACCAUAACACGUGGCUGUGUACACGUGCGAAUGCUGAUAUGAAAUGUAUACUCCUGUAACUGAUUCAACAUGCGCACGCUGGUGUAUGCAUUCUGAAAUAUACAACGGCUGGUGUGAAAUCCACUCCUGUAUAUUUCACCCUGACAAUCUAUGUCUAUCCGGUGUGUACUUUAACCCCUCUUCACUCAAGGCCACACCGUACUAACAUGUUGUUUACGGGAAAAUAGGACAUUUUAUAUAGUUAAUCAAAAUACCCAUUAGUCCAUACGUCAUGGGGGUGGUGAAUUUGAAACGACGUCCUGCACAUCAGCCUACUCUAAAGAACGGCCAUUAUCUCUAAUGGGUUACCCGCGGGGGGUUAAAAAAACGAAAACAAGGGGAAAGCAAAAUCUAUAAGCUUUUCAAAUUAUGAAAUAAAAAUAGAUCGCCGCUUAUGGGAGCAUUUUGAUUAAAAGUACCUUAAACCCACAAGCGCAUUUGUAGACUUGAUUUUGUCACAAACCUUACGAUUAAUGCGUCAUCCAGGUUUAUUUCAGUUAAUCUCAGUGUAAGAUGAUAUGACCUAGUGAUAAAUAUUAACUUUCUCAAGUCAAAUCAGCAUUAAGGUAGGCGUUUUGAAAACGUUAGAUUUAUAUACAGUGCAAGGUAUGUUACCAUGGCAACAACGACCUCACGUUAGUUCAACUGAAUGAUAUUCGAGUCUUCAACAAAUCAAAUUACAAUAGUUCUUACAUUUUCUUUAAUCCUGUAGAAUUCUAAAAGACAGCUGUUGUCAAUAGUCCUAUGCAAAUUCAAUAUAUUUUAGUGUAAAUCGCUUCUGCAGAUCUGACAGUGGCAACCGUCUGCUAUAUAGGGUAAUUUUCUGUUGCUUUGUUCGAGUGAAAUUCUCAUUUUAUUUGGACAUUUAUUACAUAGUCACUGGGUUAUGCAGAUUACAGACUUGCGUCUUGAUCCACAAAGCGUUCGUAACGUUACGACCUGUCGUAACUCUAUAGUUUAUCAUAGGCAUGUGAAUGUUUCCGAUCCACAAAGCGUGGGUAACGUUACGACCUGUCGUAACUCUGUUUCCGAUCCACAAAGCGUUCGUAGCGCUACGACAUAAGCUUAAGAUAAACUAUAGUUUUACGACAGGUCGUAACGUGAAUGAGGACCCUGUUCAUAUUUUAUCGUUAACGUAACAAGUUUUUUAAACAUGUUACCGAAACGCACAGUUUUACCCGAAGCGUCUUACAAAUCAGUUGAUGUUUAGAAUUUUAUGGUGGAGUAUCACUAUUUGAGAAGUGCUAAUGUCUUGACACAUAAGAGGUCCGAAAAAGACAAAUUAUUAUGAAUAUUUCCACAAGGAGAUUUAUUAUCAUGAAUGUUGUUCAUCAUGAAAUUUUGUGGUUAGAAAUAUUUUGUUUCACCUAUCUAAAAAUACGUAUUCCGAAUGGUGCUUGCACCUUCGUUAUGAAUGUCCGACGAAUUUAUCGGGUAAUGAUUUCAAAGAGUAAUCAAAAGUUUAUGAAUUCACAUGACUAAUACAGGGAGCAUCGAUCAUGAAUUGUUCGGACACUGAAUAUUAAAUAACGUUAUGGUCCUUCGUACAUAUAGUUUCUGCGCAUGUCACCGGUUAUCAUUAUCUGCACAUGUCACUAAACGAUGUGACCGUUUGGUGUCGUGUGAAAGGGAUGCGGCCGUUAAUUUGGAUAUCUGGCUCAUGAAAAUCUUUUACCUAUUUAUUUAUAUGUUUUCGCCUCUAAAUUAAUUGUUUUAGUGAGUAGGAAUCUUGUUUGAAUCAUCCCCUUUGCUCGGCACGCGGCCAUGUUGUCUUUGUUAUUGUUGAUAGGGUCGAGUCACAACUGAACGGUGCUUGUUUAUGAAGUCAAAACAUAUUUUCCUCCAUGCCUCGAGGCUUGUCCUAUCUGUACAUACUUCAUCUCUUGUCUGUUUGUAUAUUUGCCUAUUUGUAUAUUGUUGUUACUGAAAAUGCUGUUACGCAUCCACUUGCCUUUCACCAUUUCUCUGUAUCAUAGCAACAAUUUCGCAAAGUCUCGUCCAAUUCUCGUUACCUGCGAGAUUUAAUCCAUUCGUCACCACUCGCGUCUUCCCGGAAUCGCUCGAAUUGUUCCGGAUUGACACGAGUGGACACGAACGCCAGAUAAUGUGGAUACUCCUUUUCUUUCUACGCAAAACCAUGCCUUUUUUAAUACCCAUUUUAUUUUGCUUGAAUUUGAUAAAUAUAUUUCGUUUUUAACUGCUGUUUAUUUCCCGUUUAUCUUUUGACUUUAUGAAGACAUUCAUGAGGCGUAUGUUAGCACCGAGAUGAAAUCCUGACGUCUUUCGAUCAACUUCGGAUGUAACGAACUGCCACACUUCGGGGAUAAAGUUUCGUCUUCCUGAUGUCUGGCGUUGGGAAGUGGGGCGGGGCGGGCCAGGGUGGGGCUGAGCGCAAUGGUAACAGGCGUGCGCUACCAUAUUGGAUACGUGAAUUCGUCAGAUCGAAGACCAAAAUUCGGUUCCUUACAUAUGGAAAAUGGCUUAAUCAUAUUCCUACCCCUCCUCCACCCAACUCCCGCAGUAGUAUCACUGAAAAUAGUUGGUAGCAUGGCGCAAUCCCAACAAUAUCACUGAUUCGUUAUCUUCGGAGUUGACUGUUAAAUAUACGCCAUCCAUGUAUUUGUUUAUGCACACGUGCGUGUUACAUCAAUUAUAAUCAUUAUGUUGUACAUUCCCUUGCUCCUCCUUACGUUCAUCCUCGAUACACAGGGGCAUGUUUUGCGGAAUACCACGUAUAACCCUUGGACGCAAAGUUGGCAAGCGUCAUUCCCCUGUGUAGCGAGGAUGUCUUGUUUCAUGUUUCGCUUUUUUCUUUGUGUUCAGAUGGAUUUUCCGACACAUGAAGCAAACGUCACUCUCGACACAGCCGUGCGUCACAAAAGCAAUAAAGCGUUACUGUUAAUUUCAGCAAUUAAUCUUUAAUUUCGAUACACAUUUUACCGAACAAUUUGUUUGCAAAAAGCAACUAAUAAUUUUUCCCCGAAAAUACUGCCUCAUUAUUCAUCACAAAAUGUCAAAACAUCUUAUUUAACUGUUGGUGUUUUGUCUCAGUACUGUGAAAUGAAUGGAACUGGUGGUGUAUAUUUCAAAAGUAUGGUGUAUGGCACGGUCAAUUCCCAAAGUGUCUGUCGCCCCAAGAAUAUAUCUUAAAAUUAUUGUUAAAAUUAUUUUUACAAAGAAAUAGAAGUAUUUGAAAUCUAAAAGUGCCACAGAAAUGAUUAGAUACAUUGUUAAACACCUUUAAAACAUAAUUUUUAUAGAGGACAUUUUGUACGUUAUCAAAGUUUCUUACCUUAAUUGUUUGUGAUAUAUUUACGGGUGUAUUACUUUGAGUUUAAAUUGGCAUUCAAUAAGUCUGAUAUUUGUACAUGAAGUAUUUUCGCAAUGUUAGAGUUUUUAUAACGAAUGUGAUCUACCACGAUGCGAAUUGCCUCUACUUUCAUGUGUUAUAGCUAAUGGCAUAUUGGAGCUUCGUGUUGGUUAUCUGAAAUAAACAUAUUUGAAAUAUA